AGCAGCCUCACAUUGAUGACCACUGUCUUUGUUGUUGUUGUGGUGCAGCGAUCCGAGUGGGCGACACGUUCCAUGCACAGUUGUGUAACUUAUGUAAAGUUGAUGAUCUGAUCCGUGAAGUGAGUCUGCGUCAGCCUGAUCUCUGGACGCGCUGUUCAGAGGAUGCGAGGAGCAAAGUCUCAUCCGUGUCUCAUGUAACCGGGAGGAAAGCUGGAGAGGAGCUGGGUUUCUCUCAUUGCUUUGGACUACGAGCGGCUGUUUACAAAUGGAGACGAGGGGAUAAUGACACUCUGCUAGGACGAGAGGACACGCAGAGACGCUUUCAGCCAUAAAUCUUGUGGCGCUCUGGUUUCUCCUGAUCAUUUCUGUACUAAGGAAUACCUGUUACUGCCCGCCUUGGUGAGGAAAUACUUGAUUCAUACCCUAAUGGAGAACUGAGGGUGAGCUGACAUUUGCCCCCCACCACUCAACAUGCUGGCUCUGAGGCUGGAGCAGGGCAGGCCAGGGGGUGGUGAGGUCGAUCGCCUGCAGAAGGGGGGGGCCGCCGUGGCGUGGCAGGGUCGGCAGCUGGGGAGACCCCCUCCUCACGAGAAGAAAAUGAACAUCAAGGACAAGAUCUCCCAGUGGGAAGGUCGGAGUCAACCGGGCAGCAGCCAGGAUGCCGGAGUCAAAGCACACCCCCCGACCCUGUCCCGAGCUCUGUCUGAGGACCUCCUGCGAAAUGGAUAUACCAACGAGGUCUCAAGGGGGGGGCUUCACGCGAAAGCCAACUUCUCAGCUAAGAGUUUUGGCUUAGAUUUCCGGGAAUCCCCAGCACAAGCUGGAUAUCGUGGGGUUGGUAGAAGGUCCGAACCUCUGCAGAAAUGCUCCACUGGACUUUCAACCAAGCUCCCAGGAAAUAAACCACUUGCAGCACAAACAUUUGCAUCUCAGAAAGUGGAGGCGAACAAUACUAACUCUACUGCGAAACAUAAAUUCCCGGCCAAUGGAGACGAAACAAUCGAAUGCAUCUUGGAGGUUCAAGUCGUUUCUAAACCUCUACCUCUGUCGAGUGAUGACCAAGAAGACAGCAUGCCUGCCGGGAACUUCUACACCUCACGCGGCUUCUGGCGUAAGAUGGAGGGAGACAAGCUGCUCUGGGAAAGAGGCAGAGAGUCUUCAGGUGAAUCUCAGCCUCCUCCUAAACCUCAGCGGACAUUUACGUACCGGGCGGCCAACAACAACAACAUCUCAGGGCACACGGCGCAGCGGGACAGAAGAUCCACUCAUAACAACCACUCCACCGGGGGGAGCAGGAGGGUAGCCCACCCACCCAGCUUCCCUCCUCCUCCAUGUCCCGUUGCAAAGACCAAUGGGCUUUCGAGGCACACAAAGAACAGGAAGUCCUUUGAGUACGAGGAUGCAGCCAAGAUGACAGCCAAGCAAGGCACGCUGGGAGGAGAGGCGAGGCGCUCCGGCCUUUACCAUGCAUACUCUGAAGACAGUAUUUACGAGGACAUUCUCUGUGAGGCGACCAGAGAUAACCACUAUGAGGAUAUUAAGAUAUCUCCCAUGUGUCUACCUAUCGCCAGACCUCAACUCCCGAAGCUGCCUCCUAAACCCCAGACGUUGCAAGGUUACGCCAGCAAAGGGGAGAGGAAGGGCUACCAAGUGUCCAAAUCCUCCACGCUCGCAGAAACCCCCAAACCGGCUGCACCGCGGCGCACAAGCACUCAAAAGACACAGAGGACACCUCACUACGUCAACAAGAUUGAGACGAUCUUCGAUGACAAGAGAGGGAGGAAGAGAGUGAAGAACCAGGGCGUCUCAGUGAGAGAGGAGACCAGCGGGACAGAGAGCGACCCCGAGGACAACGGCAAAGCAGGCUCCAGGAGAUCAGUUUACAUCCAGUCUACACUGAAACGUCGGCCUGGCUACCGCACCCUGGAGAGAGACCUCAUCCAGCUGCAGCAGCAGCAGCUUUUCCAGAUCUUUGUGGUGGUGUCGCUGAGAAAAGGCUCCCCAGGAAACACCUACUCCCCUGAAAUUACGCAACAGUUUCCCAAAAUGUUUGAGAAGUCCUCCCGGAUCUCCAAAGAGGCCGAGGACCAGCUGAAGGUCAUUCCUAAGUUCUGCUUCCCCGACUCACUGGAGUGGAAGCCCUGUGCACACAUGCCAAGUGAGACCUUCUCCUUUGUCCUUACCGGAGAGGACGGCAGCCGCUGGUUCUGUUACUGUCGUAAGAUCCUGCCCAGUGGAAAGGGGAAGAGGCUUCCUGAGGUGCACUGUAUGGUCAGCAAGCUGGGCUGUUUCAGCCUUUUUGCAAAGAUUCUGGAGGAGGUGGAAAGGCGCCGGGAGAUUUCCCCAGCGCUGGUUUAUCCUUUUAUGCGUAGCGUGAUGGAGGCUCCGUUCCCAGCCCCCGGACGCACAGUCACCGUCAAAAGCUUCCUCCCCGGCACUGGGAAUGAGGUGCUCACGCUGUGUCGGCCGGUGGACUCCAGGUUAGAGCACGUGGACUUUGACAGUCUGCUUCAGUGUCUCAGUGUGGGAAGGCUCCUGCAGGUGUUUGCCUCCUUGCUGCUCGAGAGGAGAGUCAUCUUCAUCGCCGACAAGCUCAGCGUGCUGUCCCGGUGUAGCCACGCGGUGCUGGCGCUGCUCUACCCGUUCACGUGGCAGCACACGUUUGUGCCCGUGCUACCGGCCAGCAUGUUGGACAUCAGCUGCUCCCCCACCCCGUUCCUCAUCGGGGUGCUGGCCCCCUGCCUGCCACAGCUGCUGGAGCUUCCUAUUGAGGAGGUGCUCAUAGUGGAUCUGUGUGCAGACAAGUUUGUCAUUCAGCUGGAUGAUGAAGACUGCAUCCUGCCCAGUAAACUGCAGGCAGCGCUGCAGCAGAUCCUGGAGGAGAGGGCGGAUAUCCUGAGGCAGGAGGAUGGAGACAGACUUGGAGGCCAGCCAGAUGACUUGAGCUCCCUGGUGUCCGAGGGCUUUGUGCGCCUCUUCGUGGAGCUGGUGGGCCACUAUCCCUUCCACAUGGUCGAGUCCUCCAAUGGCAGCAGAGAGCUUCAGCGCGACAGCUUCCGCAAGUCUCACCCGUCCCGUGGAGUCCGGCAGUUCCUGCAGCUCUUCAUGGACACGCAGAUGUUCGCUGGCUUCAUUCAGGACAAAGAGCUGCGCAAGGCAGGAGGAAGAGGUCUGUUUGAAGUCCGAGUGGCCGAGUAUCUGGAUUCGUACCCGGAGCCGGAGCCGAGCGGCGUGAACAAGUUUCUCAAAGGGCUGGGAAACAAGAUGAAGCUCCUCCAGAUUAAAUGAGGGAAGUGAACAACAACAGAAGAUGUGGAGUUGCUGCUGGACUGACCGAGGAGAUGAAUGUGGAUCAGUCUUGUGUCAGCGGUUCUGACAGGACCUUGUGUGUACGUUUGGGAGCAGUGCACUUCUCUUUGGACGGAAACUGGAAACACUUUAUUUCUUUUUUAGUGUUGUUUUAUUGAACCACGAGGACAAAGGCACAAGGCGAACACUUUGUGGAUCAGUUCUGCUGCACAAUGUGCAACUUUAAUGUUACAUUUCAAUCUGGUAAGUACUCAACUGAAAACACUGUGUGGUUCUCAGCUGACGCAUGUUUUUAUACAUUUCCAUGUAAAGUUCUGACUUUGCGUUCCUCUCAGCACAAACUGUGAGAACCUUUUUGUUUACUGUGUUUGUAUUUGUGUGUAUUUCAUACAUAGUGGAGGUUGAGUCACUCUGAUCACGUGUUUGUACUCUGUCUAAGAAUAUUUUGUGGGAAUAAAGCCUUUUUCUUUUCUCUCCGUUAACUGGAGUUGUAAAUAUGAUGUUUUUUACAUUUUGCACAUGUUGAGAAGCAAUGUACAGUAUUUGGGAUAUUUUUGUAUUAAAGCAUGACAUGUCCUACUUUUAAAAUAAAUGGGUUUCCAAGGACAGUAA